AACGCAAAUCACACUUCCAAGUUCCAACUGUUCGACGGAGCAAAAUCACAGAGAGAAUUCAAAUGUAUUUACAAAUUUGAUUAUACCUUCAUCUGUUAGGGUUCUGUAAUUGUUCAAAUUGAAGUUUUAAUUUCUCGAAGAUUUCAAUUUUUAUAGUAUCUGCAAAUGAAGUUGAAGAUGAACAAAGCAUCGGAUCUUAGCUCUAUCUCUGUUCUUCCUCCUCAUGCAAGGAGGCCAAGUGUGGUACCAAGUGCAGCAGAGUCUUCCGUUUUCGGGAAAAGCCAACCGUCACUGGUUCGGUCACAGCAGCAAUCGCAACAAUCCUUCUCACAGGGAUUUUCAUCUCAGCAAGCAAUCUACUCUCAGUUAUCACAGAGCACUCUGGAUGAUUUUGUCCCUAAUGAGCAAAGAUUGGGUUCUCAAGAAAGAGAAAAUUCAGCAAAAAGGAUGAGCUGUUUGCCUCAUAUCAACUACACACGAGAAGAGACUCAAAUGCAGUUAACAAAACCUUCGACCAAUUAUUUGCGCAAAUGGUCAGUUCCUGAAAGCAAAUACCAGAUUGAAGAACUUGAACACAAAAUUGGAAUGGUAGAGACUUCAUUAAGCAGGCAAGGAAUGAUCUUAGAUUCUAUUCAGAGUGAUAUUAUGCAAGUUAACCGGGGAACAAAAGAGAUAUUGAUGGAGAUGGAAAGCUUACGACCGAAGUUAGUUUCUCAUGAUGAACUGUUGCAAUUGAUGAACAAGGAGAGGGAAGAUCUGAAAGCUUGCCUGGAGGGAACCUUCAAAUCCAUGUUUGAAGAGCUUAGGGAGAACAAAUAUCAAGAGAACAUCAGAGAUCUUUUAUCACUGCUUAAAGCUAUGCCCAACAAACUUGAGAUGUGCAUUUUGCAACUUCAAACUGAUUUGAGAAAGACCUUGGCUAAAGAGAUUCAGAUAAUUACCCCCCGCCAAGAUUGUCAUGGACAAAAACAUGAAACUGCUCCAGUCGAUCCACCAAAAGUCAUCAAUGAUUGUAGCCCUCCCCGUGAAGUAAAGUUUCUAAAGAAAGAUCAGAAAACAACCACGCCGCGGAAGAUUGAAAUGGGAAGCUGGACUACAGUAAAAAUUAAUCAAACUUGUAUGAAGCAGAAAAUUCCCAUCAGAAAUCACACAGAGAAUGAAGCAUUUCAACAGAAAAUUCCCAUCAGAAGUCACACACAGAAUGAAGCAUUUCAACAGAAAAUUCCCAUCAGAAGUCACACACAGAAUGGAACAUUUCAACAGGAAAGGGGAUGUAGAAUUACCAUUGAAUCUGAUGAGGAUAUUGACGUGGGCUUUUCCUGCUUGCUUGAAGAAAAUGGAACAGGGAUUUAUCCACUAGAUGAUGCAAAGGAAGAGAGUGCACGCAUAUUAAGGAAAGCAAGGAGGCGAAAGAGAAAGCAUUUUAACACUAUCAUUAUAGAUUGAAGGUACACAGUGAAUUUAUAAUCUGCUGAAUCAAGGUCCUGUGAUUUGAUAAGCAGUAAAAAAUGUAUUAUUGAUUCUUCUGUCUUUCUUUAGCCGAUAUAGGACAUGUUUGCUAUUUGACUUUUCAUUAUUAUUAGAAAAUCCACGACUGACCAUUACAUAGCAAGCAAAAUCUGUGUUGCUGCUGCAAUACUCAGUCUUAGGUGAUUGUAUAACGAGAUGUCAACA